AUGGCAUUACCUUCCCUCACAAACCAUACUUCUACCAACAUAAUUCUAUAUGGUUAUUUGGUUGAGUGUGUUCUUGGUGCCUCUGUUUUGUUGUUGUUAUUUGGUUCACUUUGUUAUUGCUUGUUAGUAGCUCGCAGGUCCAAGGGAAAAACUUCUGCAAGUGAAUUGUCACCAACUAGUUCUUCUUGCAGAGUGUUUACAUUCCAAGAGGUUCAACACGCAACCAGCAAUUUUGAAGAGUGUUUUCUCCUUGGAAGUGGUGGGUUUGGGAAAGUGUACAAGGGAAAACUUGAAAACGGGGCAGAAGUAGCAGUCAAAAGAGCAAACCCUGAAUCAAAACAAGGCUUGACCGAGUUCCAAAACGAGAUUCGUUUGUUAUCCAAACUUCAACACCCUCAUAUCGUGUCUCUUAUAGGCUACUGCCACGAAGGGGAUGAAAUGGUUAUCGUGUAUGAGUACAUGGGCAAUGGCUCUUUGAGCAAAUGGCUCUACGAACCAAACGAGACACCACUCUCUUGGAAGCAGCGACUUGAAAUUUGCAUUGGAGCUGCCAGAGGGCUUCACCAUCUUCACACUGCCACUGUUGAAGGCAUAAUUCAUAGGGAUGUGAAAAGUUCCAACAUUCUCUUGGAUGGGAACUUUGUUGCCAAAGUAGCAGACUUUGGCAUCUCAGAAAAAGGGCCUUCUUCUCUUGAUGAGAGCCAUGUUGUGAUUAGUGUGAAGGGCACUUUUGGUUACAUAGAUCCUGAGUACUUCAGAAGUAGCCUUCUGACUGAAAAAUCAGAUGUGUAUUCAUUUGGGGUGGUUCUGAUAGAAGUUAUCUCUGGUAGGCCUGCUUUGGACCAUAGUCUUCCAACAGAGAAAAUCAGUUUAGCAUCAUGGGCAUUGGAUUCUGAACUAAAUGGUGAGUUACAUCAUGAGAUGAUUGACCCAAAUCUAGUUGGAAAAGUGAGUGUUUCUUCUCUUGAAAAGGUGUGGGGAGUGGCUAAAAGGUGCUUAGCCGAGAAUGGGAUCAAGAGACCACCAAUGGGUUUUGUCCUUUGUUGUUUAGAAGAUGCUCUCCAUCUUCAACUCAGCAACGUAAAAAAUGAGAAAACUUCGUUUUUAGAUUACGAUUUGCAACAUAAUGCCGAGUGGUCUUUGAACCAGAUCACUGUUUCAGUAUAA